CCUAGGGUUUCCGCCGUCGCCGCGACCGCCGCCGGAGACAGAAUCAGGGCGAGAUGGCCGGAAGGCUCCUUGCGAACCUCCUCGUCAUGGGCGGCACCGUCCUGGGCAGAGCGGUGGUGCAGGCCUAUCGCCAAGCCAUCGUCAAUGCAAAUAGUUCUGGAGCUGCCCAGGAGGUUGUGAAUGGUAUUCGAAAGGCUAGCAAGGCCAUCACUGAGCAAGAAGCCCGGCAAAUAUUAGGUGUCAGUGAAAAGACGAGUUGGGAGGAGAUCCUGAAGAAGUACGAUACAAUGUUCGAGAAGAACGCCAAGAGCGGAAGCUUUUAUCUCCAGUCGAAGGUUCACCGAGCGAAAGAAUGUCUGGAAUCCAUUUAUCAUGAAAAGCCUGACAUCACAAACUGAGACAUGGCCUAGGUUCCACUUGAUCUAAUCGACCGAUUUGUGGGUGUGGCCAGAGAUGGCCGUUCUAUCUCAGUUUUGUUGGGUGCAUCAGGUUAAAUGGCUGUAACAGGAAGCUGUUCUCUUUGACUUGAAUAAUAUAUUCAGAAAAAAGAAACACAAUUUAAUUCUAUUUUUAGUUGCAGCGUCUUGUUUGCUUGCAAACUCAGAUGUCAAAUUCUUGGUAUCAUUGUGAUCACUUGAUUCUUGUACCAGCUUGUGUUUUGGAUUUGAUUUACCAGUUUGUUCA